AUGCCCGUUGUCGAUCUACCACCUGUGCUUAAUACUAUUAACUCUGAAUUCGCUCUUGCAACAAUCAAAGACCGUCUGCCAGUUAUUUUGGUUAAAACCCUCGAUGAUCUGUACAAAUUCAAAGAAAAAUUUGGCAAUCCUCAAACCGACUAUGAGGAUGUUAAAUCUGCAAUAUCUGAGAUUGCCAAACUUCGCUAUGAGCUUAUGACAAAUAAACCCUUCGCUAAGCUUACACCUGAGUCUAAUGCUGAUGAUAUAGAAAUAUACAACGAAGCAAUUCAAAAUUACACUAAAGCGAAACUCUAUUGGUUCAAUGCACCUUGGCUUUUUGCUGAAUGCUACAUGUACAGACGGUUAAAUAACAUUGCCUACAAUUGUGGACUACCCACUUUAGACAUGUUCCAGGAACGAAAGAUUGCUAGUUUUGCAAACAGUCUACCUACAUUAGUUUCAAUGUGUGAAUGUCUGGACGAGGCUAUUAAUUCCUCUCGUCCCAAACCCUGUCUUGCAGAUCUGAAGUUCUUUCUCUUAUGUUCUCUUUGGUCAAACGAAGUUGACCUGUCUAUGCAAGCCGGUGAAACAGAAUGCGAUACUCAUGUUGGUGCCAAUCAGUUGAAAGAAAAUAUUGCAUUCAAAACUGCUAAUCAAAUGGUAGUUAGCGAUCUUGAUCAAAUUACUUCCCGUUGGCCUCUUAAAGGCGGUUCUCGAACUAUUAUCUUAGUAACGGAUAAUACCUCACCAGAGAUUUUCGCAGAUCUAGUGUUGUGCGAAUUUCUUCUCUCCUCUGGACUGGCCGAUCGAGCUAUUUUUAUGCCGAAACGCCUGCCCUGGUUCGUUUCGGAUGUAACUCCAAGAGAUUUCGAGUGGCUUCUUAAGAACCAAGACAUGCCUGGGUCUCCGGAAAACCUGGACAAAAUUAGGCCCUGUCUGAAGCGCAUAUCUCAACGCUUUUGUGACGGUUCAUUCACUACUGAAGUUCAUGGAUUUUGGACUCUUCCAUUUGGCUAUAAUGAAAUGAAGGAUCGAGCUCCAGACCUAUAUCAUAAACUCACGACAGAAUGCAGUGUUGUAAUUUUUAAGGGAGAUUUGAACUACAGGAAGUUGCUCGAGGAUCGUUCGUGGGCACCGGACUCUGCGAAGGAUAAGGUAACGGCUUUCAGUAGGUGUUUUCCUCCAAAUGAAGGCGAGGGCAGUUCUCUGAUGAUGACACUUCGAGUUGCCAAAGCAGACGUGGCUGUUGGAUUGACACCGGAGCGCUUUCAAGAAGUAAGAGCUCGUGACCCUCAGUGGUGGGUCAAGGGUCUCUUUGGCUUCAUUCAAAUCAUUACCUGA